CCCCCCGCCACCAUUGUAUAAUGCUCCGGGCGCGCAGGCAGAGGACGGCGGAGGCUUAGCUCGGGUCUCGCCCCCUGCCCCUCCCCAGUGCCGGGCCCCCGGAGCGGGGCACUCCGCAUGGAGCGGGAAUAGCUUGAGGAGUGGGCGGAAACCCCUCCUGAUGCGUUAGUUCCCAGGUGGAGCUGCAUGUGAUAUAUGUUGGGUAAAGGAGGAAAGCGGAAGUUUGAUGAGUAUGAAGAUGGGCUGGAAGGCAAAAUCGUGUCUCCCUCUGACGGUCCGUCCAAGGUGUCUUACACCUUACAGCGCCAGACUAUCUUCAACAUUUCCCUUAUGAAACUCUACAACCACAGGCCCCUGACAGAGCCCAGCCUGCAGAAGACCGUUUUAAUUAACAACAUGUUGAGGCGGAUCCAGGAGGAACUCAAACAGGAAGGCAGCCUGAGGCCUGUGUUCACCCCCUCCUCCCAGCCCACUGACUCGCUGAGCGACAGCUACCGGGAGGCCCCAGCCGCCCUCAGCCACCUGGCGUCCUCCGCUGUGCACCCCUGCGACCUCGGAAGCACUACACCCCUGGAGGCCUGCCUCACCCCAGCCUCGCUGCUGGAGGAGGACGAUGACACUUUUUGCACUUCCCAGGCCGUGCAGCCCACGGCUCCUACCAAACUCUCACCUCCAGCCCUCCCACCCGAAAAGGACAGUUUCUCCUCCGCCUUGGACGAGAUCGAGGAGCUCUGUCCCACAUCUACCUCCACAGAGGCCACAGUGACUGACAGCUCCAAAGGGACCUCCGGCCAGUCCAGCAGCCAGAAACCCGACGGGCCCCAGGAGGGCCGCACGGAUGACUCCAAACUGAUGGACUCCCUGCCGGGGAACUUUGAAAUCACCACGUCCACGGGUUUCCUGACAGACUUGACCCUAGACGACAUCCUGUUUGCCGACAUCGAUACAUCCAUGUAUGAUUUUGACCCCUGCACGUCCUCGUCGGGCACAGCCUCCAAAAUGGCCCCCGUGUCGGCCGACGACCUCCUCAAAACCCUGGCACCCUACAGCAGUCAGCCUGUCACCCCGAGUCAGCCUUUCAAAAUGGACCUCACAGAGCUGGACCACAUCAUGGAGGUGCUCGUUGGGUCCUGAGACCCAGGGACCCCUGCCGUGACCCCCGGGCCCAGUGAGCCUCCCCACGCCCUGACGAUUCUCCGCACUGUGCAUGCACCCUUGCUUGCCUUUCUUCCGAGAAAAAGAACAUUUUACAAAGGAUCACACUAGUUUUUGCUUUGAGCAGAGUUGGAGUGCCUUCAUCCACGUAUGACCACUUUUAAUAAGCUUUUGUUGAGUGGUUCCUCAGAGACCUACUGCCCUGGUAUAGGAAAGAAGACAUUUGAAGACAAUAUUGCUGUGUUGAAUGACAAAAAUAAACAGUUCAAGCGAAGCACAAGGAUUAAGUUGGAAAAGCUGUAAAUUGCAUGUGCAUAUUUGUCUAUUUUUUCUAUAAGUUUUAUUGCAAGAGGUAAAAAAGAAAAUAUAUAUAUAUAUAUCUCUAUCUAUCUAUCUAUAUAUAUAUAUAUAUUAUUUAGAUAAUCUCAGUACCUUUUCUGGCAUCUCGCCCUGUAUAGGUUGACUUGGCAAUUCAGCCUUUUUAGAGGCAUUAACUACUACUCGUAAGUGUUGCAUUUACAUGGCUGUUUAGAAAACUGCUGCCCAAAUUUAUUUUAUAUUUUUGUACAGAUUCUGCAGUUUAUGAUAUUGUUUUUCUAAAAACAAAUGCUGUUUAUACAUAUGAGAUAGCUAUUUUGAUAGGAUUUGCUCACAUAGUUCCUGCAAACUUCAGAUGUACAAGUUGCACUUGUACUUUUAUAGAGUUGUAAUGUUUUAUAUGUGUAUGGUGCAAGAGAAAAUUGGAUCAAAUCAAUCUGCAGUCGAUGUCCCCAAAUGCAAACACACACACACACACACACACACACACACACACACGGCGCUUUAAGAAAGGACCAGCUGAGUCACACCCAGAUCUCACAAGCACCGACCCCCUGGCACGAACAGCCGCCAGUACUGUGACUUCAACGCCAGAGCCAUGUCUGCUCAUCAAGCUUGCAUUAAGCAGUUGGCCAGAAAUGGUUGUGGACUCGGGGUUUAAGCGAUCGUUCUCUUUAGCUCCCUCAUUUGAGAGGAAGACUACUGUCUUACUUAAGAGUCUAUUUAUGCUAAGUUUGUGCUUUUAAUUGUUUUUAUUUUCUCUUUUUCAUGAAAACCCAGAUCUUUCCUUUUAGGCAUAAUUUUUAUGAUAACCUGAAGUUUUCCUUCCAGGUGAAAUUUUAUGAAAAGCCACCAACCUCUGUAUGGAACUACGUAAGCCCUAUUGCAAUGCUUCGGGCUCGUAAAGAAGAAAACCUCCUCAGAAGGCAUCCACGGUGUUGCUAAAUUGUCUUUUCCAGCUUCCCUUCCCUAGAGCUUUUGUUCCCUCUGUUGCUAAGAGCUGAAAAUGGCAUCUUCAUGAUCACCACAAUGAGCUUGGCUCACUUCGGCCGGCCGGGAUGCACUCUUACAACAUCCAUGACUCUUGAACCCAGAGUUCCUUACCUCACGUCACAGCUUCCAACCUGGUUGCUUUCGCAAAUCAACUGCUAAUUCGACUACACUAUUCAAGGCUGUUUUACCCAAAUACACAGACCGGACUUUCUAUGCAUGUUUUCCCUCCCCACCCGGAACACACUUUGGGAAGUAGCUUUUUAUUCCUAGUGGUGUACAUUUGGUUUUAAAAUGUUUGCGAUGUAUCAUGCUUGUUGCCGAAAUUGUUUAUGGCCUUUUUUUUUUUUUUUUCUCCUUUCUUUGAAAUGGUACUUUAGCUGUUGAACGCAGGUUGCAACCUCUAUUGGUAUGCAGAUGGCUUCUUUAGGGAUAACAUUUAUAUUUAUUUAAAAGAUUUUAAAUUAUGGGAUUUUGUGUUUUUGUCGUUGUCGUCGUCUUUGUUGUUGGUCAUUUGUCGAUAUUCAGUCACCAAUUCUGCUCACUUCUUGCCAUGGAUAAAAUUAGGUCUUUCUGGCCAAUUUUUUAAAAAUUUGAAAAGACAACUUUAUAAAAUGGCACUUUAAACAAGCCAUAG